AUGUUCGCCCGGCAAUCACUCGUCGCUCGUGUGACCAAUGCCGUGCACGAAAGCGAGCGCAAAAUUGACAACAUUGCUCGGGAUAUUGGCGACAUCAAGCUUCUUCUCCGAGAGCUCAACCUACCAGGACAACAAACAGCGUCCCAGGUCCCACAGCCUCUCCAGCAGGCGACUUCAAAUACCCGUGAUAAGCCCAUAUCUGUGAAUAUCACAACAGCUGCUCCAGCCACAAUUGCUCAAUGGGAUCAUUCCUCCCAUGUCAUUGACUUUGUGAGAGCCGUUGUCGAGGACAGAUCUGGAAUGAACCACGAUGGGCCAGGGCCAGACUCCGAGUCAAGCCAGGUAAUCUCGUCUCUAAGAAAUCUACUCGAUACCCUAGAGAACCCCAGCAUUACUCGAAACUCACAUCCAGAUGCCUCUGCAGCUGCAGACCAACAAGCCAGCACUUCAAUGCCCCCAUCAGAGUCUGUUGUAGGCAUACUACGAUGGGCCAAGGAGCAUCAAAACUCUCACAGACUUUCUUGGAUCUGUAAAGUUCUUCCUUUUGACAUGUUUAAAGAGAUCUGUCGCAAAGUAUACUUUGCAGUCGACGAUUACACCGAAGCAGAGUUCAUUAUCGCCAAUAGUUUCCUAUCAUACCUCUUUGCAGAGCAUGCUGUGAUACGUGGGGAUGCUACCUCGCGAGAGUAUUGUACUCUAUGCCGAUCAAAUCUCGGCAACGCGAUAUCGCGUCUCCCUCUGAUCCUACACGCCUCAAUGGAAAUGAUUGCUGCACUAACACUAGGACUAAAUAUCUCAACGGCUUUAUAUUCGGUUGAAGACUCCAAAGCUUCAAGGGCUUGGACUUUACUCUCGAAUGCCCUGAGUCUCUGCCAGACUCUAGGGUACCACCGCCUCAGCAACUCAAGAAGGGGCACGGGUGCAGCCCAAGAUGCCCAGAAACAACUGUUCUGGGCCGUCUUUGGUUACGAAAGUGGGCUGUCUCUCAGGCUUGGGCGGUCUUCGGGCAUUCGGGAUAGUGAUAUCGUAACACCUGUCAAUCCGAACGAGCCGCGCUUUAUCAAAGUUUCACGAGUCCAGAGACAGGUCUAUGAUCGGCUAUAUAGUCCAGCUAGUCUCUCCGCGAGUGCUGACGACCGUUACCAAACUUGUCAAAGGCUUUCCCAGGAGAUGCGAGCAACAAUCUACGAGACCCGCGUCGAACUAUCUGAGGCGACGAUUAAGGCCGAAACUGGUGACUCAGAAGCGGAUCCGAUGAGAGUCAUCUAUCUUCAAUGUGACUUCGUCUGCCAGUCCUCACUUCUCGCCUUGAUCCUCAAGGCAAUUCCUCCGGGGCAGCAUCCUGAUAUUCCUGACAAUUGCAUCGCGGUUGCUCGCAGCACCUUGGAUAUGCAUGAGAGAUGCAUGGAAGGUAUGCGACGCUGUAAAGACCUGUUGCUUGUCCGGAAGGCGCUGCUAAACACUCCCUUCGUUCCUUUUAGCAUCCUAUUUACACAUGCUAUUGAGAAACUUGAUAUGGACGACUUCGCUCGCCUAGAACGAUUUUCUGCCUCGUUGAAACUCGAGGCUGCUGAUACUGAGCCACCCACACACCCGCAUCGGCUAUACGAGCUCCUUUGCAAAGCUGGUCGUCUAUAUAUCAGCUCCAACACGCUCUCAUCUCAACUUGGCGAUGCUCUUGAUCCUAACAUGCUCGCUACUCUAGCAUCAACUGAGCCCAUGGGUAUCAUGACGGAAACGGGGAUGGUGAUGCAAGGGCCCGAUUAUUAUGGGGAUUACAUGUUGGACCUUGGUGGCUGGUACCAUGACAAUCAGCAACUGAUGAGUUUAUUGGAUGAGGAUUUCAUGUUUGAGUAG